AUGUCCUUUGAAAGAGCUGAUACCUUUAGUACUUCUGUGCUUCCGGGUGAGCCAGCCACUGAAGACCAAUUCAGUGAAGUCAUUAAGGCUUUCAAAAGCUUUAUAUUGGAAUUUAGAAUUAACAAUAGGUUUCUUUACCGUGAUCAGCUACGUGAGAAUAUUCUUCUUCAUCAGUAUCAACUUACGGUCAACAGUGAACAUCUUAUAAGCUAUAAUGAUGAGCUUAACAAAAAGUUGACGGACGAACCAGCAGAGAUGAUUCCUCUUUUUGAACAGGCAAUAACAGAUAUUGCCAAAAGAAUUGCUUAUAUUUCAAGUGAUGAGGUUCCGUCUAGCUUUCCAAUUUGCCAGUUGAUUCUCUUAUCUAAUGAUAUGAAGAUCAGUAUUAGGGACUUAGAUUCUGAGCAUAUCUCCAAGAUAGUGAAAAUUUCGGGCAUUAUCAUAUCUGCCUCUACUCUACGGUCUAAAUCCACCGAGGUGACCAUAAUGUGUCGUAAUUGUAGGCAUACAAUGAAAUUGAAAAUUCCUACAAGUUUUGGGGUGCCACAAAUUCCGAAUAGGUGCCAGGCCCCACCUCAACCAAACGGUGCCAAGAGCGAAUGUCCUCCCGAACCGUACAUUAUCGUUCAUGAUAAAUCGACCUUCAUUGAUCAGCAAUCCCUUAAACUACAGGAAACAACAGAUAUGGUGCCUGUCGGUGAAAUGCCUAGGCAUAUUAUACUUAGUGUCGACAGAUAUCUCUGUAACAGAGUUGUUCCAGGUGUUCGCUGUGACAUUGUGGGCAUAUAUUCUAUUUACCAGGCACGUGUUCGUAACUCUUCCACUACAAACAAUGCUGCAAUUCGUAAUCCUUACAUGAAAGUUUUGGGCAUUCAGACAGAAGCUGAUGCUGUUACUGGCGGGGGAUUUGAUGGCGUAUUUUCGGAAGAGGAAGAGGAGGAGUUUUUGGCCAUGUCUAGACUGCCCGACUUAUAUGAGAGGUUUGCUAGGUCCAUUGCGCCUUCUAUUUAUGGCAAUCUAGACAUCAAAAAGGCCAUCACAUGUCUUCUAUUUGGUGGUUCUAAGAAAAUCUUACCAGAUAGUAUGAGACUACGUGGUGACAUCAAUGCGCUUCUUCUCGGUGAUCCAGGUACGGCCAAAUCUCAGCUUUUGAAGUUUGUAGAGAAGGUGGCUCCUAUUGCUAUUUAUACAUCCGGUAAAGGUUCUUCUGCGGCAGGUUUGACUGCAUCUGUACAAAGGGAUCCGAACACUAGAGACUUCUACUUAGAGGGGGGUGCCAUGGUGUUAGCAGAUGGUGGUGUGGUUUGUAUUGAUGAGUUUGAUAAGAUGAGAGAAGAAGAUAGAGUGGCAAUCCACGAGGCUAUGGAGCAACAAACAAUUUCUAUUGCUAAAGCCGGAAUUACAACUGUUUUGAACUCUCGAACUUCUGUGCUUGCUGCUGCAAACCCUGUAUUUGGUAGGUAUGACGACAUGAGGUCUGCUGGUGAGAAUAUUGAUUUCCAGACUACUAUCUUAUCUCGUUUUGAUAUGAUAUUCAUUGUUAAAGAUCAGCACAAUGCACAGAGAGAUCUGUCCAUCGCCAAGCAUGUCAUGAAUGUUCAUACCAAUGGAGGAUCGGCUGAAGAACAGGUUGAAGGAGAAAUCCCUAUUGAAAAGAUGAAGCGAUACAUUCAAUACUGUCGUGCUAAAUGUGCACCAAGACUUUCGGAUGAUUCUGCCGAGAUGCUUUCGUCUCACUUUGUGGGCCUUCGUAAGGAAGUCAAAGAAAAGGAAGCGUACUCUUCUGAGCGGUCUUCCAUUCCAAUCACCGUCAGACAGUUGGAAGCUAUUGUUCGUAUUUCAGAGUCUCUAGCUAAGAUAGAACUCUCGCCUGUUGCAGCAGAACGUCAUGUAGAAGAAGCAAUUAGAUUGUUCAAUGCGUCGACGAUGCAGGCCAUCAACAACGGGAACGCUGAUAAUGCCGAAUUAACUGGCCAGAUUACUAGAAUUGAAGAUGAGGUUAAGAGAAGACUACCUAUCGGCUGGUCUACAUCUUACAGCACCUUGAGAAGGCAGUUUGUUGAUAAAGGAAACUAUUCACAGGCGGCACUGGAAAAGGCGUUGACAAUUUUAGAAAGAAAGGAGAGCAUUCAAUUCAGACAUCAGAGAAUGAGUGUAUUCAGGUGCGGUGUCUAA